GUUUCACACCUCGCAACCGGGAGACUUCUUGACGCUUGUUCUGGAGCAACCAGGGCUUUGGGUGAAGCCCGUCGGUGUCGCGCGCCUAUGGACAGCGGUAGCGCACAGCUUCCUCACCGCUCACGAUGGAAGCCUUCAACUUCGCGACGUCACUUGACCUGACCGAGCUGUCAGUGCAUGUGAAGAUAGACCGUCUAGAUGGGAACCAGAAGCAAAUACCGUACUCGGUGCUGCUCAGGCGGCCAGACCUUCGGCACCGAGCUUCCAACAUCAAUCCUCACUUUGAGCUAUAUGUGACAGCACAAAUCUGGGCUGACAGUAAGCCUCUUACCAUUCCCGUCCAGACCGCCUACAAGUCGUUCAAGAAUGCGCGCAUAUGGAACGAAUGGCUCGAACUGCCCGUCACCUACGCCAACCUCCCUGCUUCUGCGCAGCUCGCCAUAACUUUAUGGGAUUUGUCGCCUCUAGAAGAUACCGACUCGAACAUGCAUGCUGUACCCUUCGGCGGCACCACCAUACCGUUGUUCGACAAGGACAACACACUACAGAAGGGCCGGCAGCGAUGCAGGAUCCACCGUCACAAGGCUGCAGAUGGCCUGUCAAGUACUACCACACCGUCAGUCAUACCGCCAGCGCGACGAAACCGUAAAGCACCUGCAGUGGAGGACACAGUCGAUGAGCAAAUUGCUGAGAUGCAGCGCCUGGAAGAUCUGCUGAAGAAGCAAGAGAUGGGCGACUUGCCAACCAACACAUGGCUAGACAAUCUCGUUUACAAGAAGAUGAUGAAGAUUCGCAGCGACGCGCUGAAAGCCGAGGCCGCUGCCCUCAACCGCAGGAAAGACACAAACGGUAGCAGCAACGGCACUGAUGAUCAUGAAGAUGAUCUAGAGUUAUUCUAUCUCGACAUCGAGUUUCCGCGCUUCGAUCAUGCUAUUGUCUACACAGACGUAGAGUAUCCUCCGCCACCCGUCUCUGACUUACGGUUACCUGCAGAGUCAGAUAUCCGGUUGCGUCCACCACCGGAAGUGUCAUUUGGACCCGACAUAGAUGUCGAUGGCGUCGGGUACGGUGAUGCCGAUGCUGGCCGGCUCAUCAAGAUAUACGAUCCUGAGAUUGGGCGAAGGGUCAACCCAGCCGAAGACAAGCAUCGAGAGUUGAUGCGCAGCCAACAGACAGACUCGCUGGACCGCGACAGAAAGCCUAACGUGCAUGUUCGCGACAAGCUGAAUUUGUUGAUGGCCAAAGGUCCACUUGAAGAGAUCACGUCACAUGAAAGGGACGACAUCUGGAAAUUCAGAUACUUUCUGCUUCGCGACAAGCGCGCCUUGACCAAGUUUGUAAAGUGCGUAAAUUGGAAGAACCCAAGAGAAGCGCGUCAGGCUGCACCUUUGCUCGACAAGUGGGCAGAAAUCGAUGUAGAUGACGCGCUGGAGCUACUCGGUCCCCACUUCGACCACCCGGUUGUGCGAAGCUACGCUGUCGAGCGCCUUAAGAAGGCCGAUGAUGAAGAGUUGCAGCUAUAUCUCCUCCAGCUCGUACAAGCCCUCAAGUAUGAAGCAGCCGGGGAGGGUGAUGACUCGUCUCUUGCGCGCUUUCUUGUGACACGAGCAGCGAACAGUUUCGCACUGGGCAACUUCUUCCACUGGUAUCUCAUGGUCGAGAUCAGCGAUAUGAGCUCUGAUCAAGAACCUGAACACCGCGAUCUCUUCGCAAAGGUCGAAUAUGACUUCAUGGUUGAGCUCGAGAAAACACCAGAGGGAGUUGAGACUCGUAAUACUUUCCGUCGUCAAGGCGAGCUUCUCACUAUUUUGGCCAAGAUUUCGAAAGACGUGCGAUUUGGCGGUGGUGAUCGAGUCACGAAGCUGGCUCGUCUCAAGAAAGCCCUUGCCGAUCCAAAGAACGAGCUGACGAACUUCGAGCCACUACCUCUCCCACUGGAUCCUUCGGUCUACAUUACUGGUAUUGAUCCCGAGAACUGCAAUGUGUUGAAGUCGUCCCUUCUGCCUAUAGUCCUCAACUUCCGUACCAGUCACUCGCAGAAAUACCCGAUUAUUUUUAAGUUUGGCGACGACUUACGCCAGGAUCAACUCGUAAUUCAGAUCAUCACGCUUAUGGAUCGACUUCUUCGCAAAGAGAAUCUCGACUUGAGACUUACGCCGUAUCGUAUUCUCGCCACCUCCACCUCGGCCGGUGCCUUUCAGUUCGUGCCCUCGAUGAGUAUUGCAGCAGCAUGCCAGAAGCACAAGGGGUCACUUCUUGCGUACCUGCGCGCCAAUAACCCCGACACAAACGCUGACCUCGGAGUCAAAAAGGAGGCAAUGGACACAUACAUCAAGAGCUGCGCGGGCUACUGCGUCAUCACAUACCUGCUCGGUGUUGGAGAUCGUCACUUGGACAACCUACUCAUUGCACCUAGUGGAGCUUUCUUCCACGUCGACUUCGGUUACAUCCUCGGUCGCGACCCCAAGCCUUUCGCCCCACAGAUGAAACUCUGUCGCGAGAUGAUCGAAGGAAUGGGUGGAGCUACGCACCCUAAUUAUCUUUCCUUCAAGGAGUAUGCGUUCACGGCCUGGUCCACGCUGCGCAAAUCUUCCAAUCUGCUACUGAACUUGUUUGCGCUCAUGCAAGGCGCUAACAUUCCUGAUAUCAAGGUCGAGCGUGAGGGUUCAGUACGGAAAGUACAGGAGCGUAUGUGGAUGGGUAAGAGCGAAGGCGAGGCAGCGGAGAUGUUCGAAAGACUUGUGGAAGAGAGCAUGGGUGACUGGAAAGCAGGGGUUAUCGAUUGGGCACAUGAGUUUGUGCAGACAUAUUGGCGAAAGUAGAUUCGGAGUAUGUAUUGCGACUGGACUGGUUGCAAUUGGACGCUUGACAAACCGCUUGCAGGGGUGACACGCCCUUCGGUCUCGG